AUGUCGACUUUACAGCAAGUGACUGGUAUUCGGGGCUCUAAUAGUGCUAAAACGAGAAUCACUAGAAGGAUAAAGGAUAAUGGGAAUAACAAAGUCAGUAACUCUGAAUUGACGGGACUGGAAAACAGAGAGGAUUCAUUUGAUGAAUAUGGUCACUUAUCUCCUGUUGAAGACGAGAGCCUUGAAAAUAAACCGGAGAAGCUUGACACUACAGAUAUCCAAAUGAAAUUGUAUAAACGAGAAUGUGGGAAAUUAGGCGUCAUACCAAUUGGUGCUUUUAUGAGGAAUCCCUGUAGUUCAGAAUUAAUAGUUAAGCAUUAUUCCAUGGGACCCAACGGUGCUAAAGCUCUAUCUAUUCCAUUAAUGUUAGAUUCAAGUUUGGUCCAUUUAGAUUUAGAAGGAAAUGAUAUUCAAGAUAAAGGUCUAGCUGGUCUCAGUGAAAUGCUUUUAGAAAGUGUUACAGUCAAAUUUGUGAAUCUAUCGAAGAACAAUCUAGGUCAUAAAUCCAUCUCCAAUGUUCAGUCACUCUUACAGAAAAAUAGAUUCAUAGAAAGCAUUUAUCUUGCAGAUAAUGGAUUCUCGGACGUAGAUGCUUCAGCUUUUUCUGAAAUUUUAAAGGAAAACAAGACCUUAAAGAAGUUAGUAUUGUCCAAUAAUGAUUUUGGGGAUGAAUCUGGAUUAGUUUUCGGAAACGCUUUAGCAAUAAAUGAAACAUUGGAAUAUUUAGAUCUAAGUUGGAACAAAUUUAGAGGUAAAAGUGCAGCUGAUCUAUUGAAAGGCAUCAAGGAAAAUGUCAGUUUGAAAUAUUUUAACCUAUCCUAUAAUGGGUGUGGAAAAACAGGCGCUAUAGAAAUAGCUUCAACAUUGGUUACCAAUUCUACAUUAGUGGAACUUGAUCUUACAGAUAACAGAUUGACUGAUAUUGAUGUUCAAAUCAUUGUUUUUCAACUUGAUAAAAACGAAAGUCUUCAAAAACUCAGGCUAGGAGAUAAUCUGAUCACAGCCAAUGGAUGCUUGGAGUUAAUCAAAAAGCUAAAAACUAUGGAGAACCUGACUUUAAAAGAACUUGACCUAAAGAAUACAAACGUUAACCAGGAAUUUCUUAAUGAAAUUGAAGAGUACAUGAAACUUGAAAACCCGAUGCCAGAAAUAAAAUAUGGAAUAUGCCCCACUAAAAGAGAUUUCUUGUAA